AUGAAUUUCCCCAGUUCGAUGGCCCACGCGGCCCUCGAGGCCCGCUCCGGCGAAGAGAGCGGCCGCCCCGCCUCCUACAAAGCCAUCGGCAUCAGCCUCGCCGUCGCAUCCGGUCUCUUCAUCGGCGUCUCGUUCGUGAUCAAGAAAAUCGGCCUGCUCAAGGCCAACGUCAAAUACAACGAGGAAGCGGGCGAGGGGUACGGGUAUCUCAAGAACUUCUGGUGGUGGCUGGGCAUGACGCUCAUGAUCGUCGGGGAGAUUUGUAACUUUGUCGCUUACGCUUUUGUCGAUGCGAUCCUUGUGACGCCGCUGGGCGCGCUGUCUGUCGUCGUUACGACUAUCUUGUCUGCUAUCUUUCUGAAGGAGCGGCUGAGUUUCGUGGGUAAAGUUGGAUGCUUCACGUGCAUUCUUGGGUCGGUUGUCAUCGCGCUGAAUGCCCCUGAGCAGUCGUCUGUCGGUAAUAUCCAGGAUAUGAAGCACUUUGUUAUCGCCCCGGGGUUUCUGACCUACGCGGGGAUCAUCGUGGUCGGGUCGACGUUCACGGCGCUGUGGGUGGGGCCGCGAUACGGCAAGAAGAGCAUGUUCGUCUACAUCAGCAUCUGCAGUCUCGUCGGCGGGUUGAGCGUCGUCGCGACGCAGGGUUUGGGAGCCGCCAUCCUGGCGCAGAUCAACGGCGAGUCGCAGUUCAAGGAGUGGUUUCUCUACGUGCUGCUGGUGUUCGUCAUCGCUACGUUGUUGACGGAGAUUAUCUACCUCAACAAAGCCCUGAACAUCUUCAACGCCGCCCUGGUCACCCCCACCUACUACGUCUUCUUCACGAGCGCCACGAUCGCGACAUCCGCCAUCCUCUUCCAAGGCUUCAAGGGAUCCGGCAUGGAGAUCGCGACGGUCGUCUUAGGGUUCCUGCAGAUCUGCGCCGGCGUAGUCCUCCUCCAAGUGUCCAAGUCCGCCAAAGACGUCCCCGACGCAGCAGUCUUCAAAGGCGACCUCAACCAGAUCCGCGAAGUCGUCACACAAGAGGAGCCCGAAUCAGAGCCCAAAGCGGACUCCAUCCGCGGCGCAGCGGCCAUCGUCCGACGGUUCUCGACGCAGAGACGCACGAUGGAAGCCGAAGAAGCAAGACGAUACUUCCGCGACCGGUGCGAAGACCAAAAGCAACCCGCCGAGAACGAGGUAAUAGAGUGGGACGGCCUGCGCCGGCGCAAGACCGUCCUCGGCGACGGCCCGACCAUGGCUCGAUCUGCCACCUUCCGAACGACGAGCACGCGCACACCGUCUCUCAAGAGCCCACUUCCACCACUAGGCAUGUCGCGAUUCCCAGACGAAGACGAUCGCCCGAGCACCACACACAGCGGAAACUCCUUCCUCGAGGAAAUCCGCGCGCGCACGCGCACCUCCAGCAUCGUCCACCACCCGUGGCAGCCCAUCCAAGAGGAGAAGGAGAACGAGAAACCAAUAGUCGACACCAGCUACCGCGGCGCCUCCACCACCACCACAACAACAACAACAAGCGAGCCAGACCCAUCCCCACACACAAAACGCCAAUUCUCAUUCAACAUGCCCCACCGCCUCAAAGGCGGCAGCAGCAACAGCAGCACCGAUCCCCAAGACGCCCUAUCCCCCAAAUCCUCCUCCCCGCGCGGCUUCCUCCGCCGCCAUCACCAGGAGCCCAAAGACUCAGAAGAAGAGCGCCUGGGUUUAGUACGUGGUGACUCGCGUGACUCGCGCGAAGAGACAUAUAUCGAGAAACUCGACCGAAUAGACUCCAGCGAGAGCGACGACUGGUCACCGGAGUAUCGACACAGACCGACGACAUCUAUUGAUAGACCGCAGCGACUACGGGUGAAUCCCCUGCCGCCGUUGCCGGAUGAGGCGCCUUAUGAUGGGCCGGACCAUGAUCCGUAUCCGCCUGGGGGGUUUUAUCGUCGGGAGGAGGAGGAUGGGAGGGGGUGGAGACGGUAUGAGGAUGGGAAGUAG